ACAUGUUCUUAUGCUGACCAAUGUACAUAGCAUGCACAGUUCGUGUAGUCAAUAUCGGGACGACGAUGUGAUCAGAAUGUCUGGAUAGCGGAUUAUCCAGGAUUGGAUCACUUCUCAUUUGGGUCAGUGACAGUUAGUGGUAAUCUUUCCGGGAUAAGUGACUGUGUAAUUGUCUCCUCGUUACUAUGGCAACAUAUAAACAGUCGACGCAGCGGAAGUGGUUUCGUGACUUAUCAGCAAGAUGGUCCUCGAAUUUUGACUUGGUGUUUUACAGAACGGGAAAGGCGAUUGGGACGCGUCCCUUGGUCUUCUUAUUGUUAUCCCUGACCCUAUGUUUGGUCAGUUCUCUGGGUCUCUUGUUAUGGAAGGAGGAAGUGGACGAUAUUCAACUGUUUAUGCCUAUUGAUUCUCACGUCCGACGCGACGCGGCGUGGGUUGAACGGAACUUCCGAGAUGAAAUGCGAUUCGAAAGUGUUAUUGUGGAGGCGGAAAAUGUGCUGACGCCAUCUGUUUUGGCUUCGAUAGCAGAGCUUGAAACUGCUGUGAGGAGCAUAGUUGCUGCUGGACACGACUGGACAGACGUCUGUGCCAGAUACUUAACAUGGUUUCCACAUGUCAAUGAAAGUGAAGUAACAGAUGAAAUACAUGAAUACAUGAAGGACUAUGAAUUUCAAGAUAGUUGUAUAUAUCAGUCAGUCUUGAGGAUUUGGACAUCAAAUGGCACAAUGGAUACUGUCUUUAAAUUGGAUCAAGAAGCCAUCAUGAGGAACAUAACGCAUGCAAUCAAUGUGACGGAAACAUCACAUGGGAAGUUCUCAAAUGUCCUUGAAAGAGUGGAACCACUUUUAUCAGGUAUCAGGUGGGAUAACCAAGGAAAUGUUAUUGGGGCAAAAGCAACUAUUCUGAAUUGGAUUCUAAAGAAGACAAACAAAUGGUCUCCUGACUGGGAAUUGGAAUUUAUUCAGAAUGUACUGUUUUCAAACAGAACUCUUCCUCCUGGGAUGAAGAUAUAUGCUGUAUCAACACGUAGCUACUUGGACUUCUUGCAGCAGGUUUUGCAAAAUAACCAGACAGUUCUCUUUGCUGGCUUCACCCUUAUAAUAGUGUAUGUUAUGGUUAUGUUAGGCCGAUUCAACUCAGUGGAACAGAGGGUCUAUUUGUCUCUGCUUGGAGUCUCGGUGGUGGGCCAGUCCAUCUUGGCAUCAUAUGGACUAUGUUUCUAUAUGGGCUUCUUCUGGGGACCAAUUCACCCAAUUUUACCAUUCCUCUUGCUAGGAGUUGGAGUGGACAACUCAUUUGUUAUAAUGCAGUAUUUGGAUAACCUGAAUAAAGAAGACAAAGUCACAAGUGUUCCAGAGAGAUUAGGACAAACCUUACGACAAGCAGGUGUUUCCAUAACAGUUACAUCACUGACUGACAUAUUUGCAUUUGCAAUUGGAACGUCAACAAUUAUGCCAUUCCUGAGGUCAUUCUGUGUGUUUGCAGCAACUGGCAUCUUCUUCCUGUAUGUUUUUGAGAUUCUGUUCUUUGUGAGUUGCUUAGCUAUUGAUGAGAUGAGACUGCAGAAAAACAGAGAUGGCUGCAUUUGUGUAGUACAUAGGAACUGGAAACCAAAUGAAUGCAGUCAACAGAACAUUCAGAAAAUGGUGUUUAAGAAAUAUGUUGGCCCCACGUUGAUGAAGACUCCUGUGAAGGUUUGUAUUAUUAUUGGUACAUUGCUUCUGUUUGGCUUGAAUGUGUGGUUUGUUCUUAAAGUUGAGCAGAAGUUUGAUCCUAUGUGGUAUCUUAAUUCAGAAUCAUAUCCCAUUCAAUAUAACAACAAACUCAAUGAGCACUUUCCUGAGUAUGGAAAGCGUGCAGGAAUUUAUUUAGGUAGUGAAAUAAAUUACUUCAGAGACAAAGAUAAGUUGUAUGAGUUGUAUACUCGCUUGGAAAAUAAUCCAUACAUCAACAAAGGAACACUUGAUUUCUGGUACAUAAAAUUUCAGAAUUGGCUCAGUGAGGAAAUUGCAACAGAAUCUCUUCCCAGUGAUGAAGAUGAAAUGAAGAGUUACAUUUCUGAAUUUCUUCUGAUGUCUCAGAAUGGACAAAAGUAUAUAAAAGACGUAAAGUUCUCUGCUUUUCCAUUUGGAGACUAUAAUAUCACGGCUUCUCAGAUCCCAAUUCAGCAUAUCCUUAUGAACACAACUACACAGCAAGUGAAGGCCAUGGAGUCUGUUAGAGAGAUUAUAAAAAGUGUAAACUUCUCAGUGGAGAGUAUUGUAUCAUAUUCUCCCGAAUAUGUUUCUUGGACUGCAAAUAAGAUUAUUGGUGAUGAACUGCUCAGAAACUUGGGGCUUACCAUCUGUGCAGUUGCUGCUGUGACACUGAUUCUCAUUCAGAACUUGCAGACAUCAUUUUGGGUGAUCUGCUGUGUAGUAUUCACAGUUGUUGAUCUUGUGGGUUCCAUGUAUUGGCUUGGACUUACCAUUGAGAUAUCUACUUCUAUAAUGAUACUGCUCUGUGCAGGCUUGGCUGUUGACUACUCAGCUCACAUAGGAAAUGAAUUUAUGCAUCUUCAGGGUACAAGACAUGAGAAAGCCAUUAAAACACUGGUUAUGAUUGGCUCAGCAGUGCUGAAUGGUGGGCUCAGCACUUUCCUGGCAUUUGUAUUACUAGGUGGAAGUGAUUCAUAUCUCUUCACCACCUUUUUUAAGUUAUUCACAGGAGUGGUGGUGUUCGGUUUGUUUCAUGCUUUGGUGUUCCUUCCCGUUGCACUCAGCUGGUUUGGACCACUAGCCCAAAAAAAUGUUGAAAAAGAAACUAGUCAACAUUUCACAGUUCCUGUAGAAAGUAAAAAUGGAUAUUACCAAUCAAAUAACAUAACAAAAGAAGAUGUAUCUACCAGUAAGUAUUCUCUAAAGGCAUUAGAGGAUGGAGGUAUUAAUCAAUUAUCAAGUCUGAUAAUUAAAACUCAUCCAUGUAAUCUCUCUGACAGUGGAUAUAAUAGUAAAUCACCUUCUGGUAGCUCAGAAGGCAGUUAAGGUAAAAUCUUUGAAUAUGUAAUUGAUAUUAUCCUUCACGCUUACAAAUAGACACAAAAUAUGGAUCUUCUAUCUGCAUCUUCCAUGUUUCUUGAACCUUUAUAUUAGUGUGGUUUUUUAGGUUGGGGGGCAUAUGCCCAGGUGCUGCUGACUGGACUCAAAGGAUUUAUGUAUUUUAUUGAAUUUAAACAACAAUCUGAAUGUCAUUUUUCUCAGUUACAUGAAGCAGUUGUUGCAUUUGCAUGAUCAUAGGUCUAGUUAAGAAACUUAUGGGUCUAGAUUAGCAGCCACAAUUAAUUUAUAAAUAAUACAAUAUUAUAUGCUAUGAACUGAAAAAAUAGCCUACAUAUAGUAAUUAAUUAAACUACAUGAUGUGUCUUUCUAUGAAUUAAUAACCAUUCAUGUGGAAACAAAAAUUUUGCUACCCAUUUCACCUUUGUCUUGCUUUUCUGUCUUAUUGUUUAAUGCUUCACUUUGACUUCUAAAUUUGUUCUCCAAAAUGUAAUAUUUUUAUAAUGUGAAAUAAGUAAUUGAAAUAGGGCUUCACACAAAAUUAAUUUUGUUUCUAAAAUACUCCAAACAAGACCAAGACAAGAAUCGAAAGUCUUUAAUUUGAUGCUAGUAUAUAAUAUAAACUAUAUGAGUAACAUUUCCAUAGAUGUAAAAUUGAGAUUCCUUUAUAUUUUUGUGUGUUAAUGUGUACAUUUUGAUACACACAAGACAUUUAAGAAUUUGUAUUGUUACAACCAAUGUAAAUACUAACUCAAUAUUAUACAAAAAACAUAUCUAGUACAAAACAGUACAUGCUAAGUGUUCUAUCAACAUCUGUGAUGAAGUGAAUCUCCAAACUUCUCUGAUAUUCUUAAAAUAUACAUAAAUCCAUAUAGUGCAAAUUUGAUAAUUUUAUUAUUUGGCUGGCAUAGAUUAAGUCUAAGGUUGUGAAUUCCAGGCAGGAAUUACAUUACCUUCAUUUGGAUUAUAAAGGGUUUACAAUAUGGAAAGAACUUGAGGGAAAUGACAACCAUUUGUACUGGACUUCAUUUCAUGAAUUAGUGGAUCUGUUGGGAAGUCAGUUUUUUGAUUAUGAAAUGUGACCUGCUGUUGGGUUGAAGAUUGAGAGUUUCUUAUGAUGGUGCAUUAUGUGUAAAAUUGUUCUUUUGGACUUUGUCCAUUUUCUAAAUUACAAAUCAUGAUGUUUUGGAAGCUGGAUUCUGCUUUUGUCCUCAGAAAAAGGGGAAGAGGACAGAAACCCUAUCUGUUGGGGGGGCCCCUGGUUGAACCAGCCUCAGACCUGGACCCCUUUUUACCUGAUCACAAAUGCAGAAUCAAGUUUUCAAAUGUAAUUUUAUGAUUUUAUAAUUCAGAUGUUGGACAAAGUCCAACAGAACAAUUUAAACAUUAGUGGUGGGUUAUCCUGCUUCAGGCUUAAAGGUAGUGGUAAUAUGAAACUUAUUUUGGAAGCAUGUGGCAGCCCAUCAAUUGAUUUCAUCUUCACGAACAUGUUGAUGUUAAACUUCAGGAUGUUAAUGUCAAGUCUUAAAGCUAUAUUUAUUGGCUGAAAGUUGAUAUAUUUAUAUUCCUCACAUAUCAAACCAUACUUCUUUACAAUAUCUAAGCAUGAAGAGUCUCUGCCAUCAGUAAAAUUUAAUUACAAGAUUGUUUUGUUCUGGACAUUUUAGUCAAAGUUUAUAGGUAAAUUAAUCUGAAUCAUACUGCUUAUGUAUUGUGAGAAAAAGAAUGGUAAGAACAAAGAGGCACAGCACAUUUGAUAAUACCUCACUGGAAGUAUCACAAUACAGACACUGGAUAACACUAUAUUAGGGCCCAGGUAUACAAACAUGUACUAAAGGGCAGAAAUUUUAUGUAUUUGUUAAUUUCCCUGUAUAAAUAUGACAUGAUACCUUACAUAUCUUUGUUAUUACAAUGGAUGUUUCAUUAAUGAAUAAAUACCAUACUGAGUCUAGAAGUUCAUCUGAACACAAGACUGCAAACGCUUCACUAAUGAUAAAAAGACUGUUGAAACUGGAUCACUAAGUCUGCAAUAAAUGCUGUUUUUAUUUUCUGCUAACUUAAAGAUCCCAUUCUUUGCCCAAGUUUUUAUGCAAGUAAAGAAUACUGAAAUUGCAUACUUCUUUAACGGACUCUCCUACUUCUUGUAACAGUGUGUAUAUUAUAUUAAUUUUCUACAUAUACCUUAGAAAAAAUUUCAUAAACAUUAAGAGGGAACUUCUAAAUUGACACAUAAACGUUAGUGGAUUGCAAGAAACACUGAAUUGUGUUAUGUAACAUCACACAUGUUUUUUAUCAUCAACUACUGUGGUGCCAUGUCUUGAUUAUGAUUAGUCUUGUAAAUACUAAGAACAUUACUUAUGAAUUAAAUCAUAUGAAGUGUUUUUCAGCAUGUAUAACAGCACUUGAAGUAUCUUGCUAAAGCUUGCAUUUAUAUUAAUGGUGAUCAGUCCUUAUACCUUCCCGAAGUGUGUUUGCCUUUUAUAAGUGCACAUUCAAGUAAACCACAUCCAUUAACAAAAUUUUGCAUUAUUUCAUUAAAUCAAGCUGUCUCAGUAGCAAACAUUGCACACCCAUGUUCAUAUAACUUGCCAACUUAAUUUAGGCCCAUUAAUAAGCCCAUUCUGUGGAGUUCUCUGCUUAUUUAUGAAACACUUGGAAUUUCAGAUAUAUAAAAUAUAUUACAUGGGUACCUUACAAAGGCCAACCAUGUCACUACAGUAUUAGCAUCGUCUUUCAGAACACAUGAAAUAAUUUCAGGCAUUUAAUAUGCUGUUCUGUGUUCCAAUAAAUAGCUUAAGUUAUCCUUCAUUCAUUACAAUUUGUAUCGUAUUAAUGUCUAAAAUAGUAAGCUUUAUAAAAGCAUGUGGACACUACAUUUUAUUGUUUUCUAUGAUCUGGUAAGCCAAACAAGUAUCACACUAGUAAUCAAUAUGAAGUAUAUUUCUAACUGUUUACUCUUCUGCUGCAAUAUUUUACUAAUCCUUCAGAUUCCUUUUCUGUGCUUUAGGUCAAUAUGAAACUGUUAAUUCCUAAUUCUUUCCACCUGAAUAUAUUGAAAAAUGCUGGAAUAUAAAUAAAUUCCUGUAUACUUUGAUGUGCCGUAGAACACUGUGCCCGUUUAAUAUUACUGAAUUCUUGUAGGGUUAAUAUAAGGCUAACUUGUUACUAUGUCCUGUAACCAUUUUUGAAAUAUCUGUAUUGCGCAAAAACUUUCAUACAAGUGAUAAUGGCCAUUUUUAACUUGAUCAGCUUGUAUUUUUAUGUGGUACAGUACAUAGCCAGCAGCCAAACCUGAAAAGAACAAACAUUGUGCCUUUCUACAAGACUGACCUCAUUCAAUCUUGUCCAUUUCAAUAGUUGUCAAAAUGUUUAAAUACUGUUGAUGUGCAAUCUGCUUCAGUUAUUGCUUUUAUGUAUUAGCCAGUAAGGCCUGUUCCAAUUCAGAAUUAGGUCUGAAACUGUGAAUCCCUUUAGACAUUUGGUAGGACUCUUUGGAUGGGGUGGUCAGCCCACUGCAAGCCCUCUCCUUACAUGGGACAGCACAACACAAAAAAAAUUCAUAUAAACACCACUGCCUUGAGUCAGAUUCAAAUUUGUGAUCCUAAUGCAUGAGUGGUCAAGUUCAGUGUAACCUCUGUGAUGAAUGUUUUGUGCUUAUACCUCAGUAUUAUUACAAAUAAUUGUAGCCAUUUCAGUAAGUCCUGUUGUCCGUUAAUUGUUUUGUUAUGUAGACAAGUAAACUAAGACAUAGUUGUAACCAAAUGGCUGUGCCUUUGGCAAGCCUGCCAGCAUGUUUUACUUUUUAUUUAAAACACUUGUAUGGCAAAUACUGAAUAAAGCUCAUUUACUUUAUUUACCAUACUCAUUUGCUUAUAAAUCAACACCAAAUUGGCCCUAUUGGGGUUUAAAAUCUUGGGGCAGCAUUGAACUCUGUGGCAUCUCCUUAAUUAGUAAUGUGUGAAAAUCCAUGACAGAUAACCAGAAUGUUAUAUAUUCACACAUUAUUCAAAUUCAUAUUUGUUGGUAAGGAGUCCUCGCUGUACUAUCACUGUUCACCAUAUGAAAAAGUCACAUACGGGAUAAUAUGAGUAUGCCUCAUACUUCAACACUGGAUUUGUUUGAAGGCCAAAAAACCACUUUACUGAAAAUGCUGUUUAUGAAGCUGUAGGUGUGUGUGUCAUAUAUGUAAAUGACUUAAAAAUGAUUAAUAAAGUAUUAUUGACCAA